AUGUCAUCUCAAAGUGUUUCGAUUCAUCGUACAAAUAAUAGUUUAGAAACUAAUAGCAAUAAUAAAAAUGAUAUUUCAUUUGAUGCAUUUAAUUAUACUCCUGGUCAAGAUCAACAUAUUCGAUGGUUAAGUCGUCCAAGUGUAUCAUCUAUACGCAACAAAUAUUCUCAUGAUACAGAAAAAUUUCGUAUUACUUUUGAUGUUGAAAAUUUUCAACCCGAUCAAAUUAAAAUCUACAUUCAAAAUCGUAAAUUAACAAUAACAGGUGUUUAUGAAGAACAUCGUGAAGGACUUUAUACACAAAAACAAUUUGAAAAAUCAUUUGAUUUACCAAAUAAUGCUGAUGUUAGUGCCAUCGCAUCAUAUAUAACACCAGGUCAUAUGUUAGUUGUUGAAAUGCCUCUGGAUCCAAAUUUUCAACAUUUACCAGCAAUUGAUCAUUUAAGUGUUAAUCAAGAUCUUAAUGAUCAACGUCGUUUAUCGUUUUCAUUAAAUAAAUUUAAUACAUUAAAUAAUCAAGGUUUAUUAUCUCCAUCAAAUAAUACAUCUAAUUCGCCUUUACAAGGACAACAAGUACGAAGAACGUCAAUUACAAAAACAACUACAACAACAACAUCAACUGGGUCAACAGGGCUUCCACCUGAAGCAACAGAAUUACUUCGUAGUGCAGAGUUAUCAACGGGCACUACACCAGCAUCUAAUAUACAUAUAACUGAACGACGUUUAUCAAAUACAGGUAAUCAACCAAUCAUAAUUAAUGAACCUACUUCAUUAGCAACAACAAAAACAACAAAUUCAACAUUAGCAGAUUUGUCUGAGUUACCAAUUGAAAUUCCACCGGGAUUAUUAGCUACAGGUGGUACAAUAACAAUUCAAAAACGAAAAGUUUCUGUAACAAAAACAACCGAUCCAAAUCUUGGUCAUCAUGUUUCAGUGCCAAUGACAAAUAGCAAAGAUACACAUUCAUCAUUAUCUACAACUUCACAUACAUCAACACCAUCAACAUUACAACAAUCGCAUACUGGUGAAAGACGUGGUUCACAAACCACUACAACUAAUCAACGACAUACGUUUACACUUGAAGAAUUUCUUCAAAAUAAAACUUGGAAUCCAUCAAUUAUUGAUGGUGCAAAUGGAAAGAAAAUUCUUCAUAUGCGUUUAGAAAUGAAACCUGGUACAAAAUCUGAUCAAUUAAAAAUUACACUUAAUGGACAUAAUUUACGUGUUGAUGUUGAAAAUAAAGUAUUAUCAAGUACUGGUCAACAUAUGAAUGAACAGAGUUAUCGUCAAAUAAAUCUAUUUCCUACAUGUGAAGUUGAUCAAUUAAAAACGGAAUUACAAAGUGAUGGUUUUCUUCAUAUUCACGUACCUAUUAAAUUAUAA